GCAGGGCACCGGGACGCGGGGCAGGGACGCAGCAGCUCCCGACCCCGCCGGGGCGCGGCGGGGAGCGCUCACCCGGGCUCAGGCAGCGAAGCCGGCAGAGGAGGAGCCGCGCGGGAGCAGCAUGGGCUGCCGCCCUUCCCAGCCUGCUGAAGACCGGACACGGGUCCCCGCGCCCAGGAAGGGCUGGCAAGUGGGAGUCAAGGCUGAUGUUGCCAAGGAGGAUUGCAGCCCCCAAAUGGAAACUGCACUGCCCAAGGACACUGUGGACAACGCAGAGGACCUGAAACAAGCCCACAUGGGAAACUUACCUGGAACCCUUCCAGAAAGGUCACCAUCUCCCAGGGACAGAAACAGGAGAGUAAAUUCAGUGACCAAUGGAUUAAUCAAUAAGCCCCAACCCCUACAGAAUCGCGAGCGACAGAAGUCAUCAGACAUCCUGGAGGAACUAACUGUUCAAGGAAUAAUACAAAACCACAGCCAAGUAUUUAGAAAUGGAGAAUCAUAUGAUGUCAUGGUGAACACAACUGAGAAGCCACUGGGAAAGCCACCAGCCAGGCUGAAAAAACUCAAGAUGAAGAAGGAAGUAAAGGACUUCACAAUGAGGGACACUGAGGAGAAGAUGCAGGCGGCAGAGGAGCGCCAGAAGAGAAAAGAAGACAAAAUAAGAAAAGGGCUAUGGAGAGACCGACUUUUGCCCUCAGCCAGUCAUUCGGGUUCAGCUGAACUGAGUAAGGCUGAGGUGCAGUUUGCCAAAGGACUUCAAACAGAGAGUUCUCCUGGGCUUGACCUGUCCGACCUGCAGGAAGGAGAGCCACUGAAGAGAAAGAACAGUAAAAGUGAUGUAACUUCGCUUGAUAGAAACUACAGUUAUGAAAGUAUUGUGAUUGUGGAGUCAGACAUGUCCUACAAUCAAGCAGAUGACAUAUUCUAGUAAGCCAUCUUUUGUGAAUUUCUUAGGAGGGGAUCCAUUCUCCCCAGUUGUGACAUUCUUAGUGUGUGUCAGGUUCUUUGGCUGCCUGACCUCACUCUGUUGGCAUUUCAGCUUUGGGCUUAGGAAUGAUUGUGUGAGCUGAAGGUUAGUUAAGUAAAUUAAAUGGCCAUGCUAGCUAAUAAGUAAAAAGGAGAGAGAUUUGACCAACCAGCUUAGAUGUUAUAAAAUUGGUGUUCUCUUUCAUGUGCUUUAAACGUUGUAAAGAUAUGUUUAUUUUAUGAGUAUUUUCAUUCAGGGCUGUCCAAUCUGAUGCCCUAGGGGAUGUGUGCAGAUUAUUGGAGAACUGUUUCACUUACCUGUGGUGUCAGAUAUCAUGGAAAGUGUGCACAGACCUUUAUUUUUGCUCAUCAGCUGUAGUUAAUGUUUGUGUAUUUAAUGUGUGGCCCAAGAUAACUCUCUUCCAAUGUGCAAUAGCAAAGAAAAAAGAUUGGACAACCCUAGAUGUUUGUGCCAAAGAAAAAUCUUUCCUCUUCAGAACCUGUGGCUGUGUCCACCAUCCACCCUCUGCUGGUCCUUUAAGAAAAAUUGCAUGGAUUUAUAUGAAGUAUUUUCAUAAUCUGUAUACUUUUUAUGCUGUACAUCUACUUUUUAAAUUUCUUUGUAUUACAAAGGAAUAAAGCAAUAUCUUAAAGUUGGUUGAAUUAACCAGUUUCAUCUAUAUAGUUUCAGUAAGCAGUAUCCAGUUCUUAGAAUUAUGUACAGUAAUGGAGUCCUGGUCAUGUAAAAACAGGAA